AUGGUUACAAAAGAAGCAGCUAUGUCUUUCUCGCAGUUUGGAUAUCCUUACAAUGCAACUUCUCAGUUUUUCGUCUCGGCAAACCCCAGUACGACUUGCUGCGAAUCGAUUUCCAGGUCGGUGACUGAAGGAUCGAGCGCGUCUCAGACUGCAGCCUCCUUCUGCUGUCCCUCCUAUGAGAACCGGCUGCUGGCGAGCACACGGACGGAGCUCAACGCCGCGCUCGGGAUGUACGGCUCUCCGUAUGCAGCAGCAGCGGCCGCAGCCGGCCAGAACUACGCCAACUAUUUUCCGUACAGCGCCGACCCCUCGGUCAUCUACUCCAGCCUGAACCCACAAUAUGAUAUCAAAGAGGGGUCAGGAAGCCUUCACGGCACUAUAACACAACCCGCUGCCUACUAUCCAUAUGACCACUCACUGGGACAGUAUCAGUAUGACAGGUAUGGGACAGUUGAUUUUAACGGGUCAACACGGAGAAAGAACGCCACACGUGAGACAACAAGCAGUCUUAAAACAUGGCUUUAUGAACACCGGAAAAACCCAUAUCCUACAAAGGGUGAGAAGAUCAUGCUGGCCAUCAUCACCAAAAUGACUCUUACACAAGUGUCCACCUGGUUUGCCAAUGCUAGAAGGAGAUUAAAGAAAGAGAAUAAGAUGACCUGGUCCCCCAAAAACAAAGCAGGGGAUGAUAUCAAUAAGACUGACACAGACAGCAUUACCAAAGACUCCAAAGAUAGUAAGGAUGAGCGGGACCUGCAGUUCAGUGACCUGGAUGACAUUGAGGAUGAGGACUGUGACAAGCUGGACAGCGACUGUGAGAAAUCGGGCCAGGAUGACCUCCCGACUUCCUCCCCUCCAAAGAGAGACUGUAACCCUGACCUCCCUCUCCACUCUAACUUUGCUUAUUUUCCCUGUGGCCUAAAGAGUUUGGGGCCUGUGAACCCUGACCACCUGGAUCCUCUGGGCCCCAAACCCCAGCAGCAGCAGCCAUCACCCCAGUCCACCUCUAUAAGCACUGUGGCACUCUCUCACUGUGAGGCAUCAGAGAAACCCCGUAUCUGGUCACUGGCACACACAGCCGCCGCAGGGGUUGUAUUAGGCACGCAGCAUGGAGAUGCACGGAUUGGGCCUGUGGACUGUCAGAUGCAGGGAGUCAGGUUGCCCACAGUCGGAGGAGGGCAGAGUAGGGACCUGAGCAAUACUGAAAGCCUUUACCAGGAAGGACUGCAUGGGAUACAUAAGGGAUACAGUAGUGGAAGCUACAAGACCCUACAGCUACACUCUUCGACAUAUCCUGUACUGAAAGAAUACUGCCAGUACUCCUCAAUGGAAGGCUUCCAAAGUGCAGGAAAGUCAGAGACAGAACCAACCGAGCUCAAUGACACAUGUCCAGUACUGCAGGAUGCUAAGACCACUGUAUUCAGACCUGUGAUAAAGAGGACUGCAGAAAUGCCAAUAAACAAAGGGACAUUUUUAUGA